CAAACGUUGAGGCGCGAGAUUGGAACAAAACAGUAACGAGGACGAAUUUCUCAACAGAAGACGGCCAAUUAGGUUUAAUACGUGUAAGUCAUCGCAAAUGGAAACUUAAAACACUACUUUGCUAUUUUAUGAGAUCCGUCCUCCAGUCUCCAUAAUGAAGACCUCUAAACCAGCCCCCAAGACCUCUGUUCAAGAGGAGUGUGGUGUUUGGCUUGACACUGUGCAACUUAAAGGGAAAGCUAAACAGAAACGCCUCGCCCGUCCCAUUUCUAAACUGUUGAAUCCCUUCUCUGGAGGUGGAGGAUAUAAUGUGGCGGUGGCACUCAACUUCACUCAAACUAAAGUUGAAAUGCCAAAGACCAAACAGAGCUCGAUUUCAACUUUCUUCACAGCUCAGCGCAGAGUACUCAACAAGCUGACUACGUCUGAAGUGCCAAAGGUGGAUGACUUGGGUGAAGAAAGGGUUAACACUGGAUCCAUCUCUGCCUUGACUGUACCCACACCUGUGACAGCAAGAAAAAAACGGAUACGUGAAAUACACCAUAACUCUCAGCCUGACGUGGACCACGAAUGGAAUUAUGAAACUGUGACCGAGCCUGAGACAAAAGUGUGCCAGAAGCAAGAGGCAAGCUGUAUACCUUUUCCAAACGUGCACUGUGAUUUUAAAGAGCAGGCUGAGGAGAUCAAUCUACCGCAGAGUAAGAGGAGGCUUAUUUCAACAACCUCAUUGUCAGAGGACAGUCAAUGUCCUCCACAGGCAUGGAGUCAGGACCCGUUGCUUACAUAUAGCCAGUAUACUGAAGAUGAACUGGACCUUACUUACCAGGAAAACAAAGUGACCAAGAACUUCAUUGACUCUGAGCCAAGUUUCUUUGGCAGUCUACAAAGUGAGGAGGCUUUCGAUGCGCUCAUGGAAGGCAGAACCUCAACUCAAAAAGCUUUCAAACACUUGAAUUCUUCUCAGAGGGAUGUUGAGAAAGAAAACAGUAGGUUUUUGUCUUCAAAAUCCCCAAAUAAACAUUCAACUCUCUGUCAUAUACGAUCACUUUCGAGUCUUAAAACGACAGAACCAAAAACGUCUCCUCAGAAAAACAAUCCCCCGUGCCCGUGGAAACAGCCGAACCAACAGGAGACCCCUGACUCGAAGUUUAAGUGGACAAAAAAACCAAGACUCUCUCCUCUGAAAAACCAAGCAGCGCAGCAGUCUCACAGAGCUGUUGAUGAGGACAGUCUGGCCAUGUUGUUCACCCAGGACUCUGAAGGUCUUAGGGUGAUAGCUCACAGAGGACUGCAACCAAGGAGUCCACUCAAGGACCAGAGUAACAUAAGCUUUGGGGCUGUGAGAAGUAGAGCUUUUAAACCUAUGGAGGAGGAGGUGGAUGAAGAAGAUAUGUUUUUCACUCAAGACUCUCAGGGACAUAUGGUGAUCAAACACUGAAGAAGCAUUUCAAACUCGGUUGCAGGAGUCUUGUGUUAUGUAUAGUCUGGGUGUAAACAGUAAAUCUCGACUUUUAAAUUAUUUUCAAGUAUUUGUUUUUUUCUCAUGAGGCAAGAGUCUCUGUUUCUUAAAUUUUUAUUUUCAUAUUGAUUCCUUAAACCGAUCUGUAAAUAUUUUUUCUUUGACUGACUUAUUCUUAACUUCAGUCUUCUGUAGUUUUGUUUUUUUUUACGAAGGUUUUUAUUCAGUUGUUCUCCCUUUUGGUCCAUGUGUUCUUUUAAGGUAGAAAUGUCUCUUACAAGAACACCAAAAAGCAAGAAUUGAGGGUUUUGAUUUUAUUUAGAAAUGAUACAUAAUACAUCAAAUAGUUUUUGAAUGUAAAUUAAAAGUUUUGAAAUGUA